AUGACCACUCGAAGUCCUUUAGACAGAAAUGAUAGAUUGAACAGAAAUGAGCGACUUAACGACAGAAUGAGACAGGAAACAACAACACUAAGCUUACUGAACUCCAGGGAACAGAGAAAUCGCAACAUGAACAGAAAUCGAGGGAUGUCCAACAGAAUGACCACUCGCAGUCCCUUCGACAGAACUGAUAGAAUGAACAGAAAUGGGCUACUUAACAACAGAUUGACAACUCUUAACCCUCUGAACUCCAUUGAUGAAAUUUCCACGGAACAGAGAGUUCGUAAUCAAAACAUGAACAAUAAUCGAGGGAUGUCCAACAGAAUAACCACUCGCAGUCCUUUCGACAGAACCGAUAGAAUGAACAGAAAUGGGCGACUUAACAACAGAUUGACAACUCUUAAUCCACUGAACUCUAUGGGUGAAGUUUCCACGGAACAGAGAAAUCUUAAUCGAAACAUGAACAAUAAUCGAGGGAUGUCCAACAGAAUAACCACUCGCAGUCCUUUCGAUAGAACCGAUAGAAUGAACAGAAAUGGGCGACUUAACAACAGAUUGACAACUCUUAACCCUCUGAACUCUAUUGAUGAAGUUUCCACGGAACAGAGAAAUCGUAAUCGAAACAUGAACAAUAAUCGAGGGAUGUCCAACAGAAUAACCACUCGCAGUCCUUUCGACAGAACCGAUAGAAUGAACAGAAAUGGGCGACUUAACAACAGAUUGACAACUCUUAAUCCACUGAACUCUAUGAGCGAAGUUUCUACGGAACAGAGAAAUCGUAAUCGAAACAUGAACAGUAAUCGAGGAAUGUCCAACAGAAUAACCACUCGCAGUCCUUUCGACAGAACCGAUAGAAUGAACAGAAAUGGGCGACUUAACAACAGAUUGACAACACUUAAUCCACUGAACGCUAUGGGUGAAGUUUCCACGGAACAGAGAAAUCGUAAUCAAAAUAUGGACAGAAAUCGAGGGAUGUCCAAUAGGAUAACCACUAGCAGUCCUUUCGACAGAACUGAUAGAAUGAACAGAAAUAGGCGACUUAACAACAGAUUGACAACUCUUAAUCCGAUGAACUCUUUAGAAGAAGUUUCAAGGGAACAGGGAAAUCGUAAUCGGAAUAACCUUGACAGAAAUCGAGGUAUGUCUAACAGAAUGACCACUAUUAGUCCUUUUGACAGAAACGAUAGGUUGAACAGAAAUGAACUUACCGGCAGAUCAGAAAACAUAAUAACCACUAGAAACCCACUGCCCUCGAUUGGAGAUGUUUCCCUAGGACAGAGAAAUCGUAAUAGUAACACUAGGGAAGGAUUGUUCAACGAAAUGACCACUCGCCGUCCUUUUGGUAGAACUGAGAGGGUAAACUUUGAGAGAAAUGUACAGACGAACAUUAGGGCAACCGACGUAGUAACAACCCGUAAUCCACUAGAUAUUUUAAAUCGUGUCUAA